AUGGCCUCACCUCCAACCUGGCAAUCCGCCAACGGCGCCUCCGUCCCCCCAAAGCAACAGCUCUCCAACUCCUUCACCAUCACCGCAACCCCCAAAACCGACAUCUGGCGCCGCGCAGACGACGACGACGUCUUCAAUGCCCCCAUGAUCUAUCAAACCAUCCAAGCAUCAGAUUUCAAAAAGUUGUCAGCAACCGUCUUCGCUCCCUGGAAAACGCAAUAUGAUCAAGGCGGCCUCAUCCUCGCAUUCCCACCCCACGCAACCUCCGAUUUGGCCUCUUCCAAAGGAACCAAAUGGAUCAAAGCUGGAAUUGAGUAUUUCUCUUCGAGGAGUGUAAUGGGUGUGGUGGGAACGGACCGGUAUUCGGAUUGGAGUCUUAGUCCGAUGAGUCAAGUAUUCCAUCAGAAGGCCCGGAUUGUGAUGGUCAGGGAGGAGACUACGUUGUGGGUUUAUGCGGCGCAAGAUGGGAGUGAGGAACUCACUCCUAUGAGGGAGAUCAAAUGGGCUUUCAUGGAAGGGAGAGGUGAAGGGGAAGUCUUGGUGGGUGUGUACGCUGCUAAGCCGACGGAGGAAACGGAUGGGGAGGAAAGUGUGAGAGAGAAGGGCAUUGAGGUAACGUUUUCAGAUGUGGCCUUGGAGAGGGAGAGCGAUGAGUAG